UACACUGAAACUGAAUGUGGACUUUUUACACUUCCAUCGGGAUUUUAACUUUAUUACAAGUGAAGCAGUUGCGUUUUCUACAGUGGUUGAAGUGCGGUGAAGGAAACCGUAGGUGGAUUUCAUUAAUGGUUCGGGACAUAGUUUAGCCUCUUUUGUCCUCGUGCAGCUGAAGCCCCCUCCCGUGCACGAUGAGUGUGUGUGGCUGCAGCGCCUCAUACCUGCAGAGGUGGCCGCUCAUGGCUCUGUUGUUCUUGGCUGCUGUGCCGCCGUCGAGCGGUGACUGCCCCAAAUCAUGUGCCUGCUACGUUCCCACUGAAGUGCACUGCACCUUCAGAUACCUGAGCGCAAUACCUGACCAUAUUCAACCAGCUGUGGAAAGAAUUAACCUCGGGUACAACAGUAUAACUGUCUUGAGAGAAAAUGAUCUUUCAGGACUUGAGAAUUUAGAGUUGCUUAUGCUGCACAGCAACACUAUCCACAGUAUUGAUGACAGAGCCUUCCAAGACCUCAAGUCCUUACAGGUCCUGAAGAUGUCCUUCAACAAAGUAAAGGAAAUCAAGAAAGAGACUCUUAAAGGCAUGGACAGUCUACUGAGGCUUCAUAUGGACCACAACCACAUUGAAUUCAUCAGCCCGGAGGCUUUCUACGGCCUAACCAAACUACAGCUGGUCCAUCUGGAGGGGAACCACCUUCAGCAGCUCCAUCCAGACACAUUCAUCACACUGAGACACAGCCAGGUGUUUAAGGUGUCCUCAGUGAAAAACAUCCACCUGUCAGACAACCUCCUCACCACUCUGCCUGCAAAUAUCUUCUCGGGCUGCAGCCAAUUGGAGAACCUCUUCCUCCAUGGCAACCCAUGGACAUGUGAUUGCCGUAUGAAGUGGUUCUCAGUGUGGGCGCAGAGGAAUACAGGUGUGCUGAAAUGCAAGCGAGACAGGAGAUAUCCGAGGGGCCAGCUGUGUCCUGUUUGUGAAAAUCCUGCCCCUUACAACAACAGACCUCUUUCCCUUCUCUCCGGUGACAGCUUCACUUGCACCAAACCCUGGAUCCAACCCCAUCUAAAGCAGAGAAACAUCAGCGUGGAUGAAGGGGACUCUAUACCAGUUUCCCCCAAGGACUUUAUCGCCCCACUAGGCUCCAUGCAAAUGAACCUGACUGACCAGUUUCACAGUGAUGCCAGUCUAUCCUGCACUGUCCAGAGGCCCUCUGCUUUGGAGAACCUGACACAAUCCUUGGAGGUGGAGGAGGAAACCAAUGUGACAGUGAUCACCACUGGCAUAACUACUUAUUUAGUGUGUAACAUUGACUAUGAACACAUACAGCAGUUGUGGCAGAUCCUGGCUACCUACAGUGACUCUCCCAUGACACUGGAGAGGGGCUUAAUGCUGGCCAGAAGCCCAGAAAUGGUGUACAGGUAUAGCCAGAUGAAAACAAAUGAAAGAGAGGAAAGAAUUCACACAAACAUUGUGGCUGAUAUUAAAGCCUCCCCUGCAUGGUUGAUGCAGGGAGAGGUGAGCUUCCAGCUAGACCGCACCACUACUACUUUCUCUACUUUGCACAUUAAAUACCAGUCCACGGUCAACCUACGUGUUGAAAACACAUCACCCAAGAGGGACCGCUAUUCCUGGACCAUGAUCAAGCGCGAUAAUCAAACCAAGACUGAGCACACUGUAGUUGCAGGUGGUGUGGUGCAAUUAAACUGUCAAAUCCAAGGUGAACCAAAGCCUUUGUUAGAGUGGAUUUUACCUGAUGGAAGUAAGGUCAGAGCUCCUUACUCCAGUGAGGACAGGAGGAUCAUAAUCACUGCUGAAGGGAAGCUCACUGUACGGGGUGCAGAUGCCUCAGACACUGGCCUCUACCGUUGUAUUACCACAAACUACCUGGAUGCAGAUGUCCUUGUCUUUCGAGUGACAGUUCUGUCCCCUGAUGUGGAAGAGACUGAGGUUAAUGGUGUCCAACUUUCAAGGCCACAGGGUGGAAAUCUGGCAUUGGACUGUGGCUUCCCAGGGAGUCCAGAGGCCUCGGCACAGUGGGUACUCCCUGACCACUCAGUUCUGGAUAAGUCACAUGGGAACAGGAAGGUGUACGAGAAUGGGACCUUGCUAAUUCAGGGACUCACAGAAAGGGACAGAGGAUUUUAUAGGUGUUUGGUUUCUAAUCAACUGGGAGUUGAUCUGCUCGUGUAUCAAGUGACGGUGACUGGAGAAACAUCUGAAAAUGUGAUAGUUUUGGACACUGAGGGAUCAGGAGUGAAAAUAGAGGGCACAAUUGACCCUCGCUUGACUGAAAACACAGUCACGCUCAAUGAGAUCCCCUCUUCCAGUCCUUUUGACAGAACUAGUCAGGAAUCCAGAACUAUCACCUCAGAUCGACCAUACCCAAGACUCAGGUCAAGGGGUAGAGGAGGUGCUGGAAGUAGACUGGGACACAGAAGGAGGGGGCCAAUAAGCAACAGACGCAUGUGGAGUAGUAGGGUGUUUGAUAAAACUCCCAGGAAAGUGGACCCCCAGAAAUUUGCAGAAUUUAUGAAAAAGGCUCAAGAUGGACCAAGAACAAAGACCAGCACAGAUAAAGAGGAGGUAAAAUAUGAAGACACAAACACUGUUCUUUCUGGUGAUGGUGAAAUUGGCUCUGGUGAGGGCCAUACUGAUCAAGAUCAUCUCAUUAUUGUACCAAGUAUAGUCAAACCAACUACAGAUAAUCUACACAAACAUAGAACAUUUGGACAAGAGAACAGCAAGCCUGAAGUGAUAGCAACCACACAGGCAGGACAGGGUAAUUUGAUUGAUUUCAGUCAAGAGACAGAAAAUACAAACACACCAACAACAGAGUCAUAUAUGCAAUCAGAUUCGACACCAAUUAGGUUGGCAUUCACACACCUUCCAACAGAAUGGAGUGAAAGUCAAAGUGAUGCAGUUAUACCAUAUGAGACAAUUUUACGCAAUGCAGGCCUUGAUUCUCAUGCCCUGGAAAGAACUACCAAGCCAAUCAGGCGUCCAGUCACUCUCCAACUUACUGUGACAGAUACGUCACAAGAAACUCAGCUGCAGUUCUCAGGAGGACAACCCACAGAGCCAGAGACAUCCACUGGGGCAGCACUAUCAUUUACCACAGACCCUCAUGUCACCCCAAUGAGGGACAGCCCUGGCCCAGGGGAGCUAUUCGUUCACACAGCCACAGACCCAGAAAGCCAGACGACAUUCACAGCCGUCACCACCACAGAAAGACAGCAAGAUGAGAUAACCUUCCACACUACCCAAACAAUCAAAUCCCCUCGCUUGCCUGCCGGAUCCACCAUCAUCUCCCAGCAGCAGAUCCAUAUCAUCCCACACAAGAACAGCAGAGGAGGGGGGCGUAGAAGGACUUUCCAAGGCCGCAGGAGGAUCAUUAAACCCAACAGGAUCACUGACAUACAGUCCUUCAUGAAUAAACUCAAACAGCCGUCACUGAAGAAGGAAGGGAAUGCCACUGUGCCAUAUAGAAUUGAACUGUCCACAGACUGUAACUGUGAUGAAGACAAAAAGAAGACAGUAACCACAGAUCUGCAGGUGGUCACACCAACAGUUUCCUCCAGUUCAUCUUUACACAGAACAGAGAGACCUUCUUAUCAAAAACCUCCAAUUUCUACCACAAAAUAUUUUAUUGGUUCCAAUGUGCCCUCCACCCAUACUGAGUCUAGGCCAGAUGUUUCCAGUGGGUACAUAACAUCUGCUGAUGCCCCUGAAUUUGACCCAACAAUUGAUCCAUUUUUGAUACAUAAAAAGCCAUCAAUCUCCACAACUACCACGACAACAACAGCCUCUAAGGUUAUCCGUGGAAGAAUUCCAUGGAACAGGUUGUUUGGAGGCAGAGAGCGGGAAAAUAUACUAAGCAGGCUAAGGAAGCCAUCCAUCACCAAAAAAACAACUACAGCUAAAACUACAACAGUGAUCCCAACCACAACCCCUGCUGCCAUACCCACCAGCACCGCAAACUCAAUUUCUGAACCUGAGACUCUAUCCCCAUCCAGAAACAGAGUGAGCAAAGAGGGCUCAUUAGAUGAAGACUAUGGAGAUCUGUCAUCUGCAGAUUUUGAGUCCACAACACUGGGACCCAGCUUACACCAUCUGACUCCUACCAGCCCAUCCUAUUACUCCAAGUCUGCCACCACUGCUGAAACACCACCAGAAUCACAGACUCUACCCUCCCCACCUACUGUCAAACCACCUUCAAUUGACGACACCUUAUCAUCUGGGUCUGGGGCACUACCUGAUAACUGGUUUGUAGUCAGACAGAGGCCUGGUGGAACAAGAGGACGGCAAGGGCGAAGGAGGAGGCCCUUCAGGGGCAAGAGACCCUUCAAGAAACCUGCAAUAACCAAAUUACACCCUAUUCCCACAACUGAGGCUUUAACUACAAUGGAGGCAACCACACUAUCACAACAAACUGUUUCACUCUACAAACCCCUUUACACACCAUCUAUGAAAGAGGACAGAGCUCCAGAAGUUGUUUCCACAGACCAAACAUCAAAGGGGGAGACUGACUUUGAGGAAUUUAACUGGAGCACAUCUAGCAGUUUACCAGCCCAUACAACAACUAAGACACCUUUAAUCCCUUCAACCACAUUGACCCCCACCACUACAUUCAUGCCAAUUACCACAAAAGUGACUUAUACAACAGCUCAGACCAAAGUCCACAGUAAUAUCAGACCGCCAAUACAGAGGAACAGUGGUCAUGCCACUCGUAGGCCAUCAAAUAGGAGAAUCAGACCUUCUGUGCAGAGUGGUAGUGCCAAAGACAUUGCAGGUGAAGGUCUUGACACAAUGGUUAUCCUCACAGCUGAACAGAACAACUUAGACCCACACAAUGCCAUCUCUAGUGUUUACAAUCAUGUCACUGACAAUGAAGCCACAGGUGCCAAUGUUGCUGGCUUUGAAUCCACUACAAAGGCCAUGACAAGCAAACCGAAGAUCGUUGGGGGCAAUGCAGCCAGCUUCACCGUAUUAUCCAACUCAGAUGCCUUCCUCCCAUGUGAGGCUGUUGGCAGCCCUAAACCAACUAUAACCUGGAAGCGCUUGUCCUCAACCACAGGAAACACCAUUACAGUUAAUGGGCGAAUGGGCAAGUCUGAGGUGUUGAGCAAUGGCACACUGUUGAUCCAGAGUGCCAAUAUUAAGGACCGUGGCCAGUACCUCUGUCUAGCUGAGAAUGAUCAUGGAUCAGAUAAACUUCUCGUCACCCUCUCUGUAGUGGCCUACCCCUCACGCAUCCUGGAGCCAAAAUUGCGUGAGAUAAAGUCUCACGCAGGAAACACGGUAGAGAUUGAAUGUAAAGCAGAGGGUCGUCCAACACCCAUGAUUUCCUGGAUCCUGGCCAACCGAACACAGGUCAGGGGUCAAAACACGGAGAAGGGAAGAGUAUCAGUAUCUUCUGAUGGGACUUUGACAAUUGAGCAAGUGUCCGUUUAUGACAGAGGUCAUUACAAAUGCAUUGCCAGUAAUCCAGCUGGAGCUGAUACUGCUACAGUCCGACUGCAGGUGGUGGCAGCUCCUCCAGGUAUUGUGGAGGAGAAACGACAGCAGGUGAACGCAGGUGUAAGCCAAAACUUGUGGUUACCCUGCACUGGCCAAGGCAGCCCCCAACCUACUAUUCACUGGGUCCUCCAUGAUGGGUUAAUGGUACGAUCUAACCGACCUGCUAGUGACACAAGGAUAUCAGUGUAUGGGAAUGGAACCCUCCACAUUAAGGAUGUGACUCCAGCAGACAGUGGCAAAUAUGAAUGUAUAGCUACUAGCUCUACUGGCUCAGAGAGAAGGGUGGUGACUCUGACAGUAGAGAGGAGAGAGUCAGCACCUAAAAUAGUGGAGACAUCCCAGCGCAUGACACAGUUGGUCUUCGAGGAUCAGCUCAGACUAAACUGUUCAGCUACAGGAGACCCUAAACCCAGGAUCAUGUGGAGGCUGCCCUCUAGAGCUGUGGUGGACCAAUGGCACAGGAUGGGCAGCAGAAUUCAGGUCCUGGAUAACGGCACUCUUAUUGUCAGCUCUGUGAGUGAUAAAGAUGCUGGAGACUACCUCUGUGUGGCACGAAACAAAAUUGGUGAUGAUCUCCAACUCAUGAAGGUCAGUGUGUCAAUGAGGCCUGCCAAGAUAGAGCCUAAGCUCUAUGGAAAGAAGAAGGUACCCUAUGGUAAAGACUUUAAGGUUGACUGUAAAGCCUCAGGAAUACCAAAACCAGAGAUUUCCUGGGGUUUACCAGAUGGCACAGUGGUUAACAGCGCUCUUCAGUCUGAUGCCAGCAGUGGAGGGGGACGAGCUCGACGCUUUAUACUUUUUGACAAUGGAACUCUCUACCUAAACCAGGUUGGUAUGUCAGAGGAAGGGGACUACAUCUGCUAUGCUGAAAAUCAGUUGGGCAAGGAUGAGAUGCAUUUACAUAUCACCGUUAUGACCGCUGCCCCCAGGAUACAUCCAACCAGCCAGACAUAUGCCAGGGUAAAGCCAAGAGGAAACAUCCGUUUUGACUGUGAAGCACUUGGGGAGCCAAAACCCAAAAUCCUGUGGAUGUUGCCUACCAAUGAUGUCAUUGCAGCAUCUAAUGAACGCUACCUAAUGCAUGUCAAUGGCUCCCUGGAUAUCAGGGAUGUGAAGCUUGUCGAUGCUGGGGAAUAUGUUUGCAUGGCUCGAAACCCUGCUGGAGAAAAUCGACAAGUCUACAAGCUUGAUAUAGAGGGGAAUCCCCCAGUGAUCAAUGGCUACCGGCAGAACAGGACUGUAAUCAAAGAUGUGGCAGCUAAAUAUUCCAGGAAAUUAAUAGACUGUAAAGCCGAUGGUGAUCCCACACCGAGUAUCACUUGGAUUAUGCCUGACAACAUCUUUCUGACAGCACCAUACUUUGGCAGCAGGAUUAAUGUCCACAUUAACGGGACGUUAGAGAUUCGAAACGUGCGGCCGACUGAUACAGCUGAGUUCAUCUGCAUGGCAAGGAAUGAUGGAGGAGAGGCAGUAAUGGUGGUUCAGCUGGAGGUGAGCAGUGUACUCCGAAGGCCGAUCUUCAAGAACCCUUUUAAUGAACGUAUUGUAGCUCGGGUUGGGAAAACCACAGUUCUGAAUUGCUCUGCUGAUGGAUACCCAGUGCCGGAUAUUACUUGGACUUUGCCAAAUGGAACACGGUUUAUGGAUGGUCACCACCAAGGUAAAAAUGGGACUUUAGUCAUCUACAACACUGGCAGAGAAAAUGCUGGGAAGUACCGUUGUGGUGCCAAGAAUUUAGUGGGUUACAUAGAAAAACUGAUCAUUUUGGAUGUCGGGCAGAAGCCUUAUAUCCUGACAAGGCCUAGGGGAAUUAUACGUGCUAUGUCUGGAGAGCCUCUCUUCCUACAUUGUCUAUCUGAAGGGAAUCCUAGACCCCGAAUCUACUGGACAAUUCCUGGUGGCCACACUCUUACUCGACCUCAAGUCCUUGGACGCUACAAGUUACUAGAGAAUGGUACUUUGAUUGUUCAGGAUACAACUCUCCAUGACCGAGGGAAUUACAUCUGCAGGGCUCAGAGCGAUGCUGGGGAGGCUGUGCUCACUGUCCCUGUUAUUGUCAUCGCCUACCCACCACGGAUCACAACAGGGCCACCUCCCACUGUGAGGGCACUGACUGGGACGCCAAUCCAGCUCAACUGUGCUGCUGUUGGGAUCCCCAAGCCAGAUAUCACCUGGGAGCUGCCUGAUCGUUCAGUUCUGUCAGCUGCAGAACAAGGUCGGCCAAUGGGUAGUGAACUGCUCCAUCCCCAAGGGACACUUAUCAUUCAGAGGCCAAAAGCCUCAGACUCUGGGACAUAUAAGUGUCUGGCCAAGAACCACCUGGGUACUGACUCCAAGAUCACAUAUGUACAUGUUUUGUGAGAAAAAGACAAGACUGUGGGAGGAAGGUAGCAUAUCCGAAUGUAAAUAUUUACAGUCACUUGUGUCUGCAAGAGACAUGUGCAUGUUUUCUCACAUGUGGAUUUGUGAGGGUCAUGGAUUCUGGAAUAUUGAUUUAAAAGUGACAAAUUUGGAUUAAAAAAUAAACAGAGCACAAGAAGAGAAAAGAAACAGACAUUUUAAAGGGAAAAAACAUUUUUUUUAAGUGGAAAACCCAGUCUGGGGUUAGAAAGUUGUUAUUGUAACUUUGGAACCAGGGGUCUGGAAAUUCAUAGGUGGUUCUCAUUUGGGGUGGUCCUCAUUGGAGUGAAUAGGCCAGUGCAUAGAAUCGAACUUGAAGUGAUUUCUCUGUCCAGGCAUUGCUGGCUGCACAGAGGGAUACUAUUACACCACAUACAGAGAGGGAGAAAAAUUGUGUUAUAGAUUGAAAGAAAGAAAAAAAGGCUCCCAAGAGGCUUGUAAUUCCCUUCGGACAUUGGCCAGAAGUUGUUGCUGCCAUGACACAUUGCUCUGUCAUUGAACAGCAAAUGAGAAAGACAACAGACACAGUAUAAGAUACAAUAUCUUUCAAGAGCAAUUCAUCCAGUUUUACAGUGGAAGAAAAUAUGCUUGUUUUACACUGGAUACAUACCUGCAUGGACAGUACAGUGCUUUUAUCAGAUCUGAUUUCUUUAUCAUACUUUUUAUAUUCUCAUAAAGCAGAUUCCUUUAUGUCUAUUUGCAGUGCAGUUUAUUGGUCAAAAACAAAUAAAAACACUCUAUCAGUCGAUUGUGUUGUACACAAGAAUUUACAGUAAUGUUAUACAUUAUGUUAAUCUGUAACAGUACAACAUGUAUAUGUAUUUGUAGUAUCUACUUUAUCAAAGUAUGGGAGACAAAAUGAAAUUAAAAAGGAAACCUA